UGGGGGGGUGGGGUUGAGAUGAGCGUACUACUCCCCAAUAUGGCGGACUUCGACACUAUCUAUGAGCUGGAGGAGGAGGAAGAGGAGGAGGAGGAGUCCGAGCCUGUGGUGCGGAGCCAGGAGCUGCCCCGGCCCCGCGAUGCGCCGGAUCCCGUAGCGGUACGGGGCGCCGGGCACAUCACUGUGUUUGGCUUGAGCAACAAGUUUGAUACAGAAUUUCCUUCUGUUCUGACAGGGAAGGUUGCGCCAGAAGAAUUCAAGACCAGCAUCAGUCGUGUGAAUGCCUGUUUAAGAAAGAACCUCCCUGUCAACGUAAAAUGGCUGCUUUGUGGCUGUCUGUGCUGCUGCUGCACACUGGGCUGUAGCCUGUGGCCUGUAGUCUGUCUUAACAAAAGAACUAGAAGAUCAAUUCAGAAGUUAUUAGAAUGGGAAAAUAACAGACUAUAUCAUAAGCUUGGUUUGCACUGGAAGCUGAGUAAAAGGAAAUGCGAAACUAGCAAUAUGAUGGAAUAUGUAAUAUUAAUAGAAUUCUUACCAAAAUAUCCCAUAUUUCGACCUGACUGAGGAACAGCAUUUGGUCUUUCAUGUUACCUGUCAUUUUCUACCCUUAGUGCCUUGUAGAUGAUUUUGGAAAGAAGAUGGUCUACUUUGCUGUGACUUUAAAAUGUUCUUCAGUCGAAUAUCUUCCUCGCUAUGUUACUUUCUUUUGUUAAGAAGAGAACAAUUUGCACAUUUUUUUAUGUUAAAUGAGGCUUCUAUGUUGCACUCUGAAUUUUUAACAUUAACAAUAACUGAUAUAGUUGCCACUAGGGAUCUGACAUCAGUGCUGCUUAAACUUGUUCUGAGCAUGCUGCCUUAUUAAUUUCUAUAUUUGCUGUCCUCAAACAUGCAUCCUAAUGCUGUGUCAUGCUAUAUUUCAUUCUAAAUGUCGCAAACCUAUAAACCCUCCGUAGAAAUGUCCAGGUAAGCGUCUUGUAGUAAUGAUUUUAGUAUAACUUGCUUGCAUAGGACUUGCAAUCAAUAGCACUGGUUUUGUCCUGCACUUUGCAAAAUCAUCAUUUACAUUAGGGGGUUAUUUUGCCCACUAUGGAUUUGUAAAUAUUGACUCUUUGCAUAAUGUAAAGUGUGGUAUGCCAAGGUUUACAGAAUGUAAUAUAGCUCUUAUUCUAUUGCCAACAGUCCAGCAUCAUUUUCUUCAUGACAUUUGCUAGUGUCCCUCUGAUUGUAUAGACCCAUUCACAUCCUGUUUUUAUGGUAAAGCCAUAAUGAGUUUGUACAUACUAUCAGAUGUAUAGGGCUCAGUUGCACUUUGUUUAGUAAAUGGAUGAAAAAUACAUUUCUGUCUUUUUAAAAAACAAACAAACAAAAAAUUUCAGAUGGUGUUUGUAGCACCUGAAAUAGGAAGCUUAAAUACUGUUCACCUUUGAAAAAGUUGCAUUUGAGGGGCAGGUGGUGGCUGCUAUUAGCAAAAUAUCCUAAAGCCUCUUUUUAAGUUAAGAAUAUAUGAAUGUCAAGUUUUGUUUUUAAGUAAGGAAAAGUAUGUUCCAUAAUUGGAGACCUUCAUUACUAAGGAGAAAAAUUUGGAAAGGCCAAAUCAAAGCUGAAGUAACGCUUCUGUUCUUUCUGUAUUGUGAGAGUACUUCAGCAUUUUAACAGUUAAGUGACAUGGCAUCCUUUCCAGUGGAAAUAAAUUUUAUCUAAACCAGAGUAGUGUUUCAAAAUAUGCUGAUGGGAGGAAGUGGAUCAGUUGAAAGGGUUCAUGCAUAUGUUUUGGCAUUUGGGCACAGUCUGAAGAGCCACAGAUGCCUUGUGGAAUUCAGGAGUAUUUUUGGAUUCUUCCCUGCUUGCCUGAUUUCAGGAAGGGAAGUGAUUGUAGAAAAGCUUCCUCUAAUGGCUGGCCUAAGCAGGACCACUUGAUAGUAGUGAGCAAAUGAAAAUGGAUGCAGGUUCCCUCCCUUUCCUGACUAGAAAUAAGAAAUUGGAGAAAAAACAGCAGAUGACCGAGUCUUUGCAAGUUGUGAUGAGUAUCAUUGUGAGUGUCCAGGCAUUUCUUUGCAUCAACUUGACUCCUUGUGACAUCAUCCCGAGUCACUUUUCAGUUUCAGGGUGACUUGGGAUUUCCUCUGAAUGUAUUUGCAUCUUUUCAGUAUGCAGUAUUGUAUUAAAAUAUAGUAUUUGUAAAACCAUUGCAUUCUAAUAACUGUAGUAGGUCAGAUUUCUUGUACACAGUGUUUACAGAAGGCCAGUUUUAUGCAAGUUGUUCCUUUGAAUCAAAUUCCAUGCUACUCUUACUGUACAGCUGAGGAGUCAACCUCCAGCGCUUGCAGUAGUUUCCAAUCACAGACUGAUGCUUCAGACUCUGAAAUCUGUAUACUUAGUGCGGAGGUUUCCUUUGACUGAUAGAUUGGUGACAACUAACUGUGUAAUUGCAUAUGUAAUAUAAUGAAUAAAAAGCUAUUGUGUUGUUUGAAUUUAACAUUAGCUAUACCUUGCAACUCAGAUUUCUAUUACAAAGCCAAGCAAAGUGUUCUUUACAAUUUAUUUUUUUAGGAUGAGUGUUAACUGGAAGCAGAGAAAAUACUUAAUGGCAGAAAAAUGCAGUGUAAACCAAAACUGAAAUAACGCACACAAUUCUAUGUAUUUCUCUUACAAAUAAGUUUCUGGAGUGAAUGAAGGGAGCUUAGCUUAAUUAACAGAACAAUGGAAGUCUCCUACUGUUACACCAGAACUUUGUUCGUAAUUUUCUUUUUUUGUGUAAGAAACUCAAGAAAUCUCAGCACGUUCUUAUUUUCUUCUUUAUGUGACUGUAUUUUCAAAAUGUUCUUUUCUGACUGAGAGAACAGGCAAGCUGAAUGACAGUUCUAGUCACUGCCAGCAGUGAAUGCUGAGCAGUCUUCAGUCUUGCUGGUAAAAGAAAUCCUCCUCGGUCUGUGCUGACUUGAUGGCAUUCAGUUCAAAAUUUCUCAACUUGAUCUGUCUUGUUUCUGUGAAGUGCUGUGCCAAGCUGAGAGAAUACCCGGAGCUAGAGGAGCCCCUGGGGCUGCUCCCUGGCCACCCUGUGCUGCGCUAUGACCAGAGAUCCAAGGCAGAACAAGGUCCCAGCUUUGCCUUCCCGCCUUCGUCCCCUUCCCGUGGGCCUGGCCACGUCCAGUGCCGCAGGCUGCUCUGCCCGCAGCCGCUUGUCUGCCCCUGGGUCUUUCCCAGGCACCACCAGGCACUUAAGCACAGAAUAUUAGUUUUUAAAGUUUACAUUUUAAGUUUGUAAAUUCUGUACAUUUUACUUUGUCCUUAAUUGUUAACUGUAUAGUGUUCAAACCAUGAAAGGGUCUCUCUGUGUGCUUUAACAGACAUUUAAAUAUGUGGCCAUGAAGCAGCUAGUAAAGAGAGCCAAAACUGCCAUUUACAGGAAGCUCCGUGUUUUAAUAAGUAGAUAAAUUUGCAUUAAAAUGCAAAACCAGAACACAGUAUUAUGUUUGCAUCUGAAAGACACAGGUUCCAUAGCUCAUAUAAAGAUUAAGGCAGCUGUAAGUACUGCUGCGAGCUCGUGCACUCCUACCUACAGGUUCUUUUUGGCCUGGGCUGUCCUCUGCUUUAAUAUAAAAACAUUCAGCAGGUAAUUACGUCUCACAAGGCUGAAAAUCUCAUUUUUGACAAUAAGAAGUCAGCAUGAAUUGGUAAACCAAUUUAUGGAGGAUACUUCUUAAUUAGAGAAAUAAUUUGUAGCAAUGUAACGGAGAAAUGUUAGCAAAGUGUAGUGGAAGUGGUGAAGAAAGUGCCUUGACUGGUUCCAACAAGAGAAAACAUUGUGCAGAGAGUAAGGAGAAGAGGGCAUUAGUAACUAUCAGUAGCGUGAGUUUGCAGCAGAUUUUAAAAAGCAGUUACUGCCUAUCAAAUCAGCGUUUAAUUUUUCAUAUAAACAUGUUGACACUAAUUUUCUGUUCUAGUUUUUAUCUAGGAGAUAUUUGGGUUUGUAUCUAGUAAGUUUUGUAUCUAAUGAGUAUUGAAGUAUUAAAGAAUGCUGGCAGAGCAUCAAAGCUCUGAACUACCGGUUCCCCACCUGCAUCUGUGAAGUUGUUUUACCAUAGGAGGGGAAAAAAAAAGUGUUCCAAGACAUGCACAGACAAGUCUAGGAAGUGUGGAUUCUGUUGUAGAUGUGUGACUUUAAAACAGAAAGCAUUUUUGCUAAAUCUGGUGUGGUCUUGAUAAAUAAAAAAAAAAAGUUCCUAUGCUUUUCCUUGAUAGGUACAAAACUCCAUAUGCAAAAACAUAAGUAUGUUCAUUAUUGUCCCACUAUGACAGUUUACUUCAUUUACUUGUCAACACACUACCAUUGGAGCAAUAAAAAUGUCAAACUAUUAAUAUUCAAUGUAAAUAAUUUAUCAUUUUAGUAAGUAAUGUUAUGUGAUUCUUCUGCCAUUUGUUUUCUUUUUGUUUUCUGCUUUUGAUGUUCUUAUGGUGUUGUUACUUGUACUGUUUAAGAAAAGUGGUUUUGUUUAAGCUGUAUGAAACUUUGUUCUUAACAGUUUUAUUCUGUUUACAAGUGAACAGCCACUUUUUUUAACAGGACUUCACAUCUUGAGAGUUUUGGGGGUUUUUUAAAUUAAAAUAAAAUUCUAACUGAGCUUGCUUUCUACUAUUUACUGCACUGGCUUGUGCCAUUAAAAGAAGCUGCAAGUCAGACAUGCUUAAUCACUUUGAGACAUUUUUCUUUAAUUAAAUUUAAAGAUGAAAA